UUGGGGAGAGGAGGAGGCCCUGACCCCUCCUCCUGCUGCCUGCUGCUGUACUUGGACCCAGGGAUCCUAGAGCAGAGUCUUGCUGCUUGGGUCCUUGGUCGAUCUGGGCCUCUCUGGUCAGCUACUCCAUCCCCAUUCCCAGUCCCAGCUCCACCGACCCAUUGCCCCCCCAUCCCCCUGUUCGGGGCCCGGAAGCCUCAGUAGGGAACAUUUCUCCAGCAGAGGGUUACACAAUCCCUGGGUCACAGACUGCUCAGCAGAACUGCCCAAAGGAGGGGGGAUCCUGGUCCCCCUCAGUGGGGGUGUGUGUGAGAUAGCAGGGGGCGGGUCCUCUCUUCCCACCCUGUUCCUGUCUGCAGGGAAGCUCUUCCCCAGAGGUAGCUGCCCCCUCAGUGUUUUUCUCUCUUCUGGGGGUGCAGGGGCCCUGGGUCUGAGCCAAGUAUUCAGGUCUCCCUGGGGACACGGCCAGGAUCCCGGGACUCGACAUGUCGGGGACACUGGAUCUUGAGAAGGGCUGCACCGUGGAGGAGCUGCUCCGGGGCUGUAUCGAGGCCUUCGGGACGUGGCUAGGAGCCAGGGAUACAGGGACAAACCGCAAGACUGCAUUCUACUGGUCCUUCUCAGCUCGAAAUCCUAUGACCCUACGAUUUUUCCCCAGGACACUAUGGGCCUCAGUUUCUUCAUCGUUUUCCUUGACCUCCCCCUUCACCUACCAACAAUCUCGGAAGGACAAUUCCAACUCGCUGCAAGUGAAGACCUGCCACCUGGUCCGGUACUGGAUCUCGGCCUUCCCCGCCGAGUUUGACUUGAAUCCUGAGCUGGCAGAGCAGAUCAAGGAGCUGAAGUCUCUGCUGGACCGAGAGGGGAACCGACGGCACAGCAGCCUCAUUGACAUCGAAAGUGUCCCCACGUACAAAUGGAAGCGCCAGGUGACCCAGCGGAACCCAGUGGGUCAGAAGAAGCGCAAGAUGUCCCUGCUGUUUGACCACUUGGAGCCCCUGGAGCUGGCAGAGCAUCUCACCUACCUGGAGUAUCGCUCCUUCCGCAAGAUCCUGUUCCAGGACUACCACAGCUUUGUGACCCAUGGUUGCACAGUGGACAAUCCUGUCUUGGAGCGCUUCAUCUCCCUCUUUAAUAGCGUCUCCCAGUGGGUGCAGCUUAUGGUUCUGAGCAAGCCCACAGCCCCCCAGCGGGCCCAGGUCAUCACCCACUUCAUCCACGUGGCUGAGAAGCUGCUCCAGCUGCAGAACUUCAACACACUCAUGGCUGUGGUUGGGGGCCUGAGCCACAGCUCCAUCUCUCGACUCAAGGAGACACACAGCCAUGUCAGCCCAGACUCUGUCAAGCUCUGGGAAGGCCUGACAGAGCUGGUAACAGCUACUGGCAACUACAGCAACUAUCGUCGCCGGCUGGCAGCCUGCGUGGGCUUCCGGUUCCCCAUUCUGGGUGUGCAUCUCAAGGACUUGGUGGCCAUACAGCUGGCCCUUCCUGACUGGCUGGAUGCUGCUCACACUCGGCUCAAUGGGGCCAAGAUGCGCCAGCUCUUCGCCAUCCUGGAGGAGCUGGCCAUGGUGACCAGCCUUCGACCACCCAUACAAGCCAACCCAGACCUAUUGAGCUUGCUCACGGUGUCUCUGGAUCAGUACCAGACUGAGGAUGAGUUGUACCAGCUGUCCCUGCAGAGAGAGCCUCGUUUGAAGUCCUCGCCAACUAGCCCGACCACCUGCACUCCGCCCCCACGGCCCCCCGUCCUGGAGGAGUGGACUGCAGCUGCCAAGCCCAAACUGGACCAGGCACUGGUGGUGGAGCACAUUGAGAAGAUGGUGGAGUCUGUGUUCCGGAACUUUGAUGUGGAUGGGGAUGGCCACAUCUCCCAGGAGGAAUUCCAGAUCAUCCGAGGGAAUUUCCCUUACCUCAUCGCCUUCGGGGACCUCGACCAGAACCAGGAUGGUUGUAUCAGCCGGGAGGAGAUGGUCUCCUAUUUCCUGCGAUCCAGUUCUGUGCUGGGGGGCCGCAUGGGCUUCGUCCACAAUUUCCAGGAGAGUAACUCCCUGAGGCCUGUUGCCUGCAGGCACUGCAAGGCCCUGAUCCUGGGCAUCUACAAACAAGGCCUGAAGUGUCGAGCUUGUGGAGUGAGCUGCCACAAACAGUGUCGAGAUCGGCUGUCCGUGGAGUGCCGACGCCGGGCCCAGAGCGUGAGCAUGGAGGGCCCACCUGCACCCUCACCCACACACACCCCUCUUCGAGCCUUCAGCUUUUCUUUGCCUCGCCCCGGCAGGCGAGGAUCCCGGCCACCAGCUCCAGAGAUCCAGGAAGAAGGGGUCCAGUCUGUGGAAGAUGGCGUCUUUGACAUCCACUUAUAACAGCUGCUGUCUCUGGGGCAUGGACUCACCCCUGGUACUGGAGAGGCACAGACCAGAGCCAUGGACCUGGGAGAGCUGGGGCUACAGCCGGGGUUACAGCUGGGGCUGCUGGGGGGGAGCUGAAGGUGGGGCAGGAGAAGGACAUGGGGCCACAGGGAACAGGGGGACUUAGGUUCUCCCAGGUUGUACAAACUCUUGUGAAUAUUUGUAUUUUCCAAAUGGAAUUAAAAAAAA